GUGCGUCUCGGUGCGUUUGUGUAUUGUUGUGGUCGAAGAUCCGGAGAGUGUGCAAGCAUUCUUAUAUCAUUAUCUAUGGACAAAAUGUCUGUUAAAAAUACAGACGGGAUUACUAUAGACAGUGAUGAGUAUCAAGUCACAGAAAACGACGAGAUAGCCGCCAUCGAUUACGAGUUACAACAAAUAGAGACUGAACUGCUAAAACUGCAGGACCGCAAGCAAAUCCUGACCCAACGUAAGGAAAAAUUGCGUGACGACGCUCUUUUGAAGAAGAGCUUUUCUCUGUCGAAAAAGAACUGGAACACAGAGAAUUUUGAGUGGUCCGCAAAAUUGAGAAAAACGUUGAAAGAUGUUUUCAAAAUAGACAAGUUGAGAGAAUUGCAAUUGCCAACCAUGAACGCGAUCAUGUGCAAGGAAGAUGUUAUAUUAAUCAUGCCUACUGGCGGUGGUAAGAGUCUGUGUUAUCAGCUGCCGGCUGUGAUCAGCAAGGGUAUAACAAUAGUGGUUUCGCCUCUGGUGGCUCUAAUGGAGGAUCAGUUGCACGGGUUGCACAGACUCGAUAUAAAAGCCACCAUGUUGUGCGCGAAGGCCGACAAGGAAAUUGUCAAGUCGACUAUGAACGCUCUUGUAACCAAAAACUCGGCGCUCAAAUUGAUUUACGUGACACCGGAAUACAUGGCGAAGUCCAAUCGUUUUAUGAGCAAACUGCAGAAGGCAUACGAGAUAGGAAAUCUGGACCGUUUCGCCAUAGACGAGGUUCACUGUUGCAGCCAGUGGGGUCACGAUUUCAGACCGGAUUACAAGUUCCUAGGCGUGCUGAAGUCCAUGUUCCCGGGAAUACCGAUUCUAGGCCUCACCGCCACCGCCCCGGCUAAAAUUAUCGUGGACGUGCAGAAGAUGCUGGACAUCAGCGGGUGUCUGGUUCUGCGAGCCUCGUUCAACAGACCGAAUUUGUAUUACGAGGUUCGCCGUAAACCGGCGGACAAGGACACUUGUCUCGCGAUGAUAGAGAACCUGUUGAAAAAUCGAUUUAACGAUCAGUCGGGUAUAAUUUACACGACUACGAUCAAAGACGCGGAACAGCUGACCUCGGAUCUGAGAAGCAAGGGUUUGAAAGUCGGGUGUUACCACGCGAUGCUCGAACCCGAAUACAGAUCGCAAGUUUACUCCAAGUGGAUAACGGGCAAGUAUCAGGCGGUGAUCGCGACCAUCGCCUUCGGUCUGGGUAUCGACAAGCCGGACGUGCGAUUCGUCAUUCAUCAUUGCAUUUCCAAAUCUAUGGAGAACUUUUAUCAAGAGAGCGGUCGCGCCGGCAGAGACGGCAAGAAAUCAACGUGCAUCGUGCUCUACAGAUUGGCCGACACGUUCAAACUGAGCACAAUGGUGUUUCAGGAUAAAGUAGGAUUGCAGAAUUUGUACAAGAUGUUGGCUUAUUGCUUGGAUCAGACGUCGUGUAGACGAAGUUUGAUUGCGACUCACUUCGAGGAGACGUGGGACAAGAGCGAUUGCGCGCAAAUGUGCGAUCAUUGCAAAAAACCGAGUGUUAAAAAGGAGAUCGACAUAACGCGAUACUGCAGACAUCUGUACGAUAUCAUGACCAAGGCUGUGCAAAGUGAGACCCGAUUGACCGCGCUUAAGCUCGUCGACGCCUGGUAUCACAAAGGCGCCACGUCGUUGCGAGUGUCCGGUGUGCCUGUGCCGAAGUUCGCGAGAGAAACCGCGGAAGCUAUUGUGGGACAUUUGCUGAUUAACGGUUACUUGCAAGAAGACUUUCACUUCUCAUCGUACACUACGAUAUCGUAUCUCAAACGUGGACCUAAGUCGGGACUAGCUCUCGGCAAUGAUCACAAAAUAUUUUUUAACUACGAAUUGACUUAACGAAUGUAUAAUUAGUCAUUAAUGUGCGCUCGAUAUAGAGAGAGAGAGAGUGACUGCAUGUUUUAAGAGUAAUUUAUAAAAAUAAGUGAGAUGGUUAU